AUGCCAUCGCUCUACAAACCUGUCACACAUGCUAUACCUUAUGUGGCUGCACUGCUACAGCAUGAGUGGCACCAUUCCCACCUUCAUUGCCCACCUCACCGCACUCACCACCCUGUGUGGCCAUUCUCCCUUCACCCCCCUCUCUCCCAUUCUCCCUCCACCCCCCUCUCUCCCAUUCUCCCUCCACCCGCCUAUCUCCCAUUCUCCCUCCACCCGCCUGUCUCCCAUUCUCUCUCCAUCCCUUUCUCUCCCAUUCUCUCUCCAUCCCUUUCUCUCCCAUUCUCUCUCCACCCCCCUCUCUCUCAUUCUCCCUCCACCCCCCUCUCUCCCAUUCUCUGCACUAUGAUUCCCUGCCCUGUCCACGUUGCACAAGGAAGCUCGAAUCAAAAGAACAAAAGAACUCUGCACCGUUCGCACCCGUCCUCCAUUCUCUCCUCCAUUCUCUCCUCCAUUCUCUCCUCCAUUCUCUCCUCCAUUUUCUCCACCAUUCACUCCGCUUUAUCAUCUUUCCCUCCUGCCUUCCACCUCCCUGCAUUCAAUGCCUAUCUUCCUCUCUCCGCCCUUCCCCUCACCUCCCUUCGCAUCGCCUCCCUUCCGGCGUCCGCCCAACCUCCCCAUGCUCCAGGCAAAAAGCAACUAAAUCCGCCUUCCCCUCUCCGCCUUCCCCUCCCCACCUUCUCCUCUCCGCCUUCCCCUCUCCGCCUUCCCCUCCCCACCUCCUCCUCUCCGCCUUCCCCUCUCCGCAUUUUCCGCUCCACCUUCCCCUCUCCGUCACACACACCCACAUCAUGCUCCAGAGACCUCAGCAAAAACAGUCUCUCAGGCUCCAUUGAGGCAGUCAGCAGCCUCAAGCAGCUGCGGGAGUUGGACUUGCAGGACAACUGGCUGAGUAACACCAUUCCCGCCUCCAUCGCCCACCUCACUGCACUCGCCUUCCUGUGCGCUCAUUCUCCCUCCACCCCCCUUCUCCAUUCCUUCUUACCACCUGCCUCUCGAGCAUUGGGGGUUUCAGAGGCAACAGCACUCACGCUUUUCCAAGGCACCAUAUCCGCUUUCUUAUCCUCCUCUCCUCUUCACUUCUCCUUCACUUCUCCUCUCCUCCUCCUCCUCCUCUCCUCCUCCUCUCUUCUCCCCUUAUCCUCUUCCCCUCUUCCCCACUUCGUCUCUCCUCCUCAUCACCUCAUCCCCUCUUCAUCCCCCCUUCCCUCCACGUCCAUCCAUCCAACUGUCUUCAGGAAACUCAGCAACAAUCGCCUUGCGGGGACGAUACCUGCUGCAAUCACCACGCUCGCUAAUCUCGAAAUCCUCCACCUUGGAUUUAACCAGCUUACGGGAGAGCUGCCCUCCUUCCACAACAUGGCCCGUCUCACUUCGGAACGCGGACUGUCAGCAGACCACAACUACCUCACAUCCACAGCAGACCCUCUCCCUUUCAACGCCACCGGCCUAGACGACCCUUCAGACUACCACAGCUUGUGUCUCUUCCACCACAACUGCCUUGCGAACAGCUCCAUCUACUGCGGCCGUGGGGAGGACCAGAGAGGUGACAGCGAGUGCCGGGCGUUCUGUGGGGCGCAGCCGCUCACCCCACCGUGCAGCGGCCGUGGCGUGUGCUCCUUCCAGCCGGACCCCUCUCACAACAUGGGUGCCUGUGAGGUUGGGGAUGAACUGCCGCCACCCUACUGUGAACCCAAGGGCCAGUGCGUCUGUGAUGAGGGGUACACGCCACAGCCUGCUGCUGGCACGUGUGUCUCCCACGGUAUGCCUGCUGCUGCCUCACGUUGUGCCAGCUGCUGA